CAACACCCUUUUAUGGAAACAUAUAUAUAUAUGAAAUAUAAUCAAGAUGUCAAACUAUUUUUCACUAUCUCGAGUACUUUCGCCAUUCCAGGUACAAACUAACUUUGAGAAAAAUUCCCUAUCUGCCAAUACUCCUAUUAAUAGUGCCAUUCCGGUUGACAUUGGCAAAAUGACCCGCGUUGAAGGAGUUGAUUUCAAAACCCCUUUCAAAAAAGAUAAUGAGCAGUUAAAAAUACUUAACGAGAAUUUUCGUAAUGAUGCAUACCUUGAACAAGUACUUGGUGAAGAUUUGAGCCCAGGUGAAUUGAUUAGAACGAUUUUUCCAGUUGGUUAUAUAUUUCCACCUAAUCACAUCCAUAUCGUCAUACAACCGCCUCCGCCCGCCACCGUAGGUUUCUCUCAUCAAGGCGUUCCACAAGGUACGUCUUUGUAUUCUGGCCUACCAUUAUUGAUACAUAUAAGUUACUUGCACUGUAUCUAUUUGUUAAUACACUGUGCUUUCUUAUUGUUUACAAAAUAUAGUGACGUUGAUCGAAGAUGCCAUAAAAAAGAUUUUGGAGGGAAUUCAUAA